AGACUUUUGCGAUGUCCUUAUAACUGAAGAAGGUACAGACACGGUCACUUUUUUGGAAGCAACUGAAGGGCUGAUUAAAUUGUUUGAUUUGCUUGGAAGUUCGGCUUUUAAUGUCGUUCAAAAGGACAUGACCGGUAAUGUUAAUAAAAUUAGAACACGUUAUGAAUCUGAUCGCAUAAGAAAUAAUACCCUUGAAAGCUUGGUUAUUAGCGAACGAAAAGAAAAGAAACGUAUAGCUACUGAAGGAUUAGAAUUUACUUCUGUAGCUUUACGUCGUUCGAUUAACGAGACAACCGAAGAACUUUCUGUUUCUUUUACAAAUGCAUACGGUGUUACCUUGAAACCAUUCCAUAGUUAUUUGGUUCGCCCUGUGUUCGCGCUUGCUAUGAAAGCCUGCCCGUAUCGUGUUGAAUUUUACAAAAAGCUUGGUGAUGAUCAAGCAAGGGUUAAUGAACAAUAUGAACGUUGGUUAACUGCUCUCGAACGAAUUGUUGCCAAGCUAAACUGUUUUUAUGAGCAAGGUGGUCAUGAUAAAGGAUUUUAG